ACAUUUUCCGUUGACAAGGAUGGCCGGAAAAGAAAAGGUGGUAAAUGCCAUCAUUGCUGCUUCAUUCUAAAGUUUCUUUACAGUCAAAAAGGUCCCAGAAUUCUUAAAAUAAAGGCUUCAAACAAAUAUAUUACAAGCUUUUGCUGCUGCUACUUGAUUGAUCUGAUCAAAUUUACAGACUUUUUUCAAUACCUUUCAUGGCGAAUUGGCCAGAAUCAUUUCAAUUCCAGCACAAGUCCUUAGAAUUCCGAGCUCCACCGCCAUCGCCGGUAGCUUCUGGCCGCCGAUCUUCAGUCGCAAACGAUGAGAUUCUAACAGAAUUUCUUCACCACUCGCUCCGUGUACCUGAUCUUGUCCUACCGGAUCGCGUCUCCCCUCGUCAAAAGCUAAAGAUCCAGAAACUUCCUAAACUAGACUACAAAACACUGGAAUCGUUGGAAGAUCAUAACAUCACCAACACUUUUGAUGUGAUUGGUCAAACCGGUUGCUUUGAGCUCGUUAACCAUGGAAUCUCCAAUCAACUUGUUCGUUCUGUGGCCAAAUAUGGCGCAGGAAUAUUCGAAUUAUUACCGGAGAAAAAGGCUGUGAUGUCAAGGUCUGCUGACAGGAUUUAUGGCUUCGAGGAGUUUCAUGGAGAAGAGAGGGAAGCAAGUGAAGAAUUCGUAUGGUGUAGAGACGAUGCGUUGAAAUCGGAAUUGGAAGCAAGUUUGCCUCUUCAAUAUUCAAAUUUCAGCGGAAACCUCGAGAUCCUUACUUCCGAAAUCGAAAAGAUCUCCGGAAUUAUCUUAAAAUUUCUGCUCGAGAACACUCCACUAAAAUCAGGAUCCGACGAUGAUGAUGCAAGCGAGAAACAAAUUUUUGGAACGAUAUGCUACUUCCAUAGGCACCAUCAGGAUCCGGAUAGAAUCACAAACGAUGAUCAUUACACGAACAAUUUGAGAUACGACAUGAUCCGAAUGCUGAUUAGAGGAUCCGAACACUCUCACACGCUAUGCGUUCACGCAUGCCAUGGAUCCUCCGAGUUCCAUGUUUAUUCGAAGAAAGGUUGGGUAUCGUUUCGCCCAGAGAAAGAUGCAUUGGUCAUCACCAUUGGUGAUCAGUUGCAGAGAUUGAGCGAGGGGAAAUAUAAACAUGUAAUGGGGAGGCCCGUCUUUAAAGGGAAAGAGGAUUAUAUUUCAAUGGCUUUUCUUUACAACCCACCGCCACCCAUGGAGAAGAAGACAAUUUCACUUGGCCACCAAACUUUGUUGUUUCUCAUUUUGGUUUUAUUUUACAAACUUUUUUGUAAUUAAGUUACAAUCUUUGAGUCUUUAUUUGAGUGUAAAGUUCCUUAUAUUUCUUUUUUAUUUGAUUGUAAGCGUUUUGAUCUUUUACACAUAACUAUUUUAUAGCAACGAUUUAAUAUAUUUAUUUUUUAGUCA